AUGUUCAGCUGGGAUGGUGCCCGGAGUGAGGGAUAUGUCCAAGAGCUCUUCCAUGAGGAAGCACAGCAGGUAUCUCAAACACAGACUAAGCCCUGGUGGAAGAUCCAGCUGUUUGUAUGGGAGCCAGUGCUCUUUGGAACAUGGGAUGGGGUCUUCACCUCCUGCAUGAUCAACAUUUUUGGAGUGGUUCUUUUCCUGAGGACAGGAUGGCUUGUGGGAAACACUGGCAUUGUAAUGGGCAUGUUUCUGGUGUCCUUUGUCAUUCUGGUUGCCCUGGUGACAGUCUUAUCUGGAAUUGGGGUGUGUGAGAAGUGCAGCAUUGGAAGUGGAGGAGUCUACUCCAUGAUUUCUACAGUCCUUGGAGGUCAAGUAGGGGGCACCAUUGGCAUCCUUUACAUUUUUGGUCAGUGUGUUGCAGGUGCCAUGUACAUCACUGGCUUUGCAGAGUCCAUUGCAGGUGUCCUGAGCCUCAGCAACAUCUGGGCAGUGCGUGGCAUCUCCCUGGCUGUCCUGCUUGGCCUGCUGGGAAUCAAUCUGGCUGGGGUGAAGUGGAUCAUCAGGCUCCAGCUCCUGCUGCUCUUCCUGCUGGCUGUCUCAACGCUGGACUUUGUCAUUGGGUCCUUUACACAUCUUGAUCCAGAGCACGGCUUCGUUGGCUACUCAGAAGAGCUGAUGUUCAACAACACACUGCCAGACUACAGCCAGGGGGAGUCCUUCUUCACUGUUUUUGGAGUGUUUUUCCCAGCUGCCACAGGUGUGAUGGCUGGGUUCAAUAUGAGUGGAGAUCUCCAGAAGCCUUCUACCAACAUCCCUCUGGGGUCUCUGGCUGCUAUUGGCACCUCGUGGUUUCUGUACAUGGUCUUUGUUUUUUUGCUGGGAGCCAUUUGUACCCGGCAGUCACUCCGCUAUGACUUCAUGAUAGCAGAGAAGGUAUCCUUGGUGGGUUUUUUGUUUUUGCUAGGGCUGUACAUCUCAUCCCUGGCCUCCUGCAUGGGAGGGCUGUACGGAGCACCCAGGAUCCUGCAGUGCAUCGCCCAGGAGAAUGUGAUCCCCAUGCUCGCCUUCCUCGGACGUGGGAAAGGCCCCAACAAGACUCCAGUGGCUGCGAUUUGCUUAACAAGUCUAAUCACCAUGGCUUUUGUCUUCAUUGGUCAAGUGAAUGUUCUUGCUCCCAUAGUCACCAUCAGCUUCAUGCUGACAUAUAUUGCUGUGGACUAUUCAUAUUUCUCACUGUCCUUGAGCUACAACAUUCAGCAGAAACCUGAAGAGACCCAGACAGGAACUGCUAGACCUGUUCAAUCUUCCCAGCCUUUAAUUUUCAACAAGCCCCCCAGCCAUGCAGCAGAUGGAGUAAUUCAAAGCAGAUCAAAUGGCACCUUGCUGGAAUUCAAAAAAGACAUGGACCAGCUUUUCAAACCACUUUGUAGUGAGCCAAGUACUUGCAAAAGUGAAGGAUCUGAGAAUUUAAUCCGAAAGGUCAAACAAAAGAAGGCAAAGAAGCCAGCCAAGCAGACAUUACAAGACAGCUUUCUCCUGGAUCUCCACCAUGAUGCUCCUCUGGCUCAGUAUGGCUGGGAUGAGACCAUGGAGCCCCAUGAGAGGCAGCGGGACAUGGAUGACCAGAGUGGUCAGUGGGAUGCAGUGGGACCUGCUGUGGAUGCUCAGCACGUACCCAGGGUGCUGCAGCAGAGGGAACAGCUCUGCAGUGAAGUGAUGAUGCUUCCUGGCCCAAGGGGAGAAGAAUCAUCUGUAAAGCAGCAAAAUCCAGAACUGGGAAUUCAGGAAAUACCAGAAUCCUUUUACUCCAGAUUUUUCAGUCAUUGGAUUUCCUUUGCUGGUGCAAUCGUGUCCCUCAUCAUAAUGUUUGUCAUUCAGUGGAUCUACACCCUUGUCAGCCUGGGAGCAGCAGUUAUUCUGUAUUUCUAUAUCGGCCAAGUGAGCCCAGGACUCCCUCUUGGAGCAACAGCAAAUUUCAGUAUCUUUGGCUGGAUUAAGUCGAUUUUGAUCACUUCAUGCAGGAGAAGGCCAAGUCCCCAGGAGCAGAUCGUGGUGACACCAUCCUUUGCAACAGUUGGCGUGGAGACCAGGCAGCUCACCGAGGAGAACGCAGACUUCGCCUCGCGGGACCGCUAUCACCAGUCCUCACUCAUCAGCAGAGAGGAAUUUGGGAGCCAGUUCCAGUGA